AUGGCUUCUUUCUAUUUAUCUGUCAACUUUCUUGCUCUGGUUGUAUCGGCGAGUUCUGUGAAGACUUCAAAAGGUGUGGUCUUUCGUCCUUUUUGCUUUAUUUUCUUGAUAUCUACAUCGUCUUUUUGAGAAAGAGUAAGGCGAAACCAUUUUAAUUCGUCAUAUUCAUUUCUUUAUCAAACACAGGACAAACACCAAACGUAGGGUUUGUCUUCACCAAUUUCCUUGCUCACAAAGGCUACUAUUUGAACGUUACAACUGUUGGUACAGAACUGGUCCAAGACUCCUCUGAGUGCGCGUUCAAGUGUCUGGAGAAGGAUCCAUGUUUGUCCUUCAACCUGGCAGAUUUGGAUGAUAACAUUGACAAUCUGCUAUGUGAACUGCUUCCAUCUGACCAUUACACCCAUUCAGACAAGUUCAUCACCAACCAUCUUUGGUAUCACCACAGUAUUGCGGUAAAAUUCUUCUUCUUUUUCUACUUCAACUUAUUAUCACGUUUUAUUAUUAUCAUUAUUAUUAUUAUUAUUAUUAACUAAAUUCGGUUGCAAUCGUUCGAGCGAAUUUUAUUCAACUUUUCAACAUUAAUGUAUCUCUCUAUGACUUUAUCUUUACUUUUUUAUUCCUCGCAAGCCAUUUUUAAGUCGUUUUAUCGAUCCGUCAUCGUAAUUUGUUUAACUGGAUUUUAUUAAGGGAGUAAGUGAUUGAUUUUCUCGGUUUUAGUCUCCUUGA